AUGUUCAGAAUAGCCAAGAACCUGGUCAAAACACUUGAACAGAGUGUUUUGACUCUAUCGCAGGAUACCAACCAACUGGACCUAUUCUUCCAAUCGAUUCCUCCAAAUCUGCUGCUACCGCAGCGUCACUCGCAGAUUCAACUGGAAGAGGGUACAGACCAGCAGUCCCAGAUAGCAUUCGAUCACCGCUUCAAUAACGUAGUAUCGGGACUGAGGGUUCUCUGUGUGGAUGAAACACAAUUGCAGCUUCAGUCGUUUUUCGAUUAUAUCAUAGGCAUCAACGAUGACGUCGUUCCGCUCAUAAGCAACCAGCACGGGUAUUUUUACCCAGAUUACAACAAGAUAUCACAGAUCUUCAACGCGCACUGCAAUCAGCACCUGAAGUUAAACGUCUGGUCGGCUAAAGGCGGCUCGUUUAGGGACGAAUACAUCAGUGUUAUUGCCAAAGACGCGUCUCAACUCGACGAUGUCUCCUUGUCCUUGAGCAAGGAGUCUGAGCACAUCUUCCAACCUCUCGGUUUCAAAGUGCAGUGGACAUCAUUAGUAGCUUCGACUUUCACUUACCACGUUUUGAACAUCAAUAUUCCAAAUGGACCAGCCGCGCAAUCCGGCUUAAUACCAGAUGAAGAUUACAUCAUUGGUUGUCAGGAUGGUCUACUGGCUACUGGGGGCGAGGCCCUUUUACAAGACAUAGUGAGAUCAAGGGCGAAUCAGGAUUUGAUUCUAUACGUUUAUAACAGGGUGCAUGACUGUGUAAGGCCACUCACGGUCCAAAUCGGUGGAGAUGGCCGCCUGGGCUGCAACGUGGGUUCGGGGUUCCUUCAUAGAAUACCCGCUGUCUCUACAAGUCACCAACAGUUCGAUGAACAUCAAGCACACCUUACGGAAGAGCUUUAUUCCCCGUCGCCAUUGGAUUUACAACCCGCUACGGAUUCUGUCUUUGUUCCCGGCAAUGUCAUAACUCCAGUUUCUCACUCCACCACAGCGGGGGCCUCUCCUCCAAAGAAGCAGGCCCAUAGGAAGAAACAUGUAGAUCCUGCUGUUGCCGCAACCCCGAUGAUGAACGAAUACUUCAGCGAGGGUAAAGAUACAUCAGCUAGAGCACACUCAUCUACACCAGAUAGUACGAAAUUGAGCCAGCCCCCGCCGCCACCUACAACCACCAGGAGAUCGUAA